UAAUUAUGACAAAAAUGAGACAAAUAUUUGAAUUCCAACUAUAUAAAAUCUAAAUAUGUACAGGGGAUAGGUAUGUUCAUGUGAAAGAGACAAUCAUCAUGAAGGGCGUCUAUUGUAUGAGCUCUAUUCAGGGCUUGGCCACAGCGCAGAUCAUUUUAACUGCUGCGUAUUCUGGAAAUGUGCGCGCUUUAGUGAACGCGCUCUGUCACUGGUGAUGACAGGCUAUAUGGCCAGCGGAGGGGGGGCUGAGGCACACUUCAACAGUCCACUAUGGGAGCACAGCAGGAUGAGGGGAGAUCGUGGACAUGAGCGCGAGAGCAGCACGCGGAUCGGGAUGCGGAGUGAGGAGGAGAGACUCCAGACUUUCCAAAACUGGCCCGCGGACGCGCCCGUGAGUCCCGCGGAGCUGGCCCGGGCUGGCUUUCACUAUCUGGGCUACGGUGACACGGUGCAGUGCUUCUGCUGCGAGGGGAUCCUGAGGUACUGGGUCCACGGAGACACUCCGCGGGGGGAGCACGAGAGGCACUUCCCCGCGUGCGGCUUGAUGAUGGGCAGGGAUGUGGGCAAUGUCCCGCUGGGCUCUCCGGACUCAGUGGACGGGCAGCUCUUGAGUCAGCUGCAGCGGCUGACCGUGGAUGAGCAGGUGUUGUCUGGACAGGCGGUGUACCCAGAGAUGGAGUCGCAGGACAACAGACUGUCGUCUUACCAGAACUGGCCCCCGGGAGCAUCGGUGCAGCCAGACGCGCUCGCGCAGGCCGGCUUCUUCUACACAGGUCAUGGAGACAACGUGAAGUGUUUCUUCUGUGAUGGUGGCCUCAGGAACUGGGAACCGGGAGAUGACCCUUGGCAGGAACACGCCAAAUGGUUUCCUCAAUGUGAAUAUUUGCUUCAAUCCAGAGGACGGGAAUAUGUGAGCAAUGUCCAGCAGUCAUACUUCAACAUGAAUGAGAGCGUGGGUGGGUCUCCGUCAUCAACUGCAGGAAGCAUUACAUCAGAGGUGCUGGGUGGGCAGAACUCAGUGGCGGCAGCCAUGUUGUCCCCUGUGGUGCAGGCGGUGCUGCAGAUGGGUUUCCAGCACUCGCUAGUGGAGGGUCUGGUGCAGUCACGCUACCUGCUCACCGGCUCACACUACACCUCAGUCUCUGACCUGGUGAGCGACGUCCUGCAGGCCGAGGAAGAGGAAAGACAGACGGAGGAGCCCAGACCAGAGACUGUGAGGAGGCAGAGAACACCAAGAACGCAGGUCUCAGACAGGGAGAAAGUGCGAUCAGACCUGAGUCCAGAGGAACAGCUGCGACAGCUUCAGGAAGAGAGGACCUGUAAGGUCUGCAUGGACAAACUCGUCUCUAUGGUCUUCAUCCCGUGUGGUCACCUGGUCGUCUGCACCGACUGCGCAGGCAGUCUGCGCCACUGCCCCAUAUGCAGGGCAGUCAUCCGGGGAAGUGUGCGAGCAUUCAUGUCAUGAAGCGCAAACACAUGUUCAUACACUGCAUGGUACAACAGUGUCAUUAGCAAGAAUUAUACUGCACUCGGGAUAUAUAGUGAAAAAUACUCAAUAAAUGUUUCAAAUAGCUUCCAAAUCAGCAUCAGUGCUCUGAAACAUAGACAUAUUGCAUGAUAUUUGGCUAUACAUUAAAGCUUCAAAAAAAAAUGUUUUGCAUGCUUGUAAGUUGUGGACAAAGUUGAUUUUGUGUCAUGCCAAACGGAGCAGCUUUUUGUACAUUUUAAAUCUUAAAAAUAUAUAAAAAUGAAUUUUUGUAUGGCAGUUUAUAAGAGACCAUAUUGUAGAACAAUAUUUUAUUAUUGCUGUAUUAACAUUGCACUUCUAUUUUCAUUAAAAAACAAUUUGCAUUGCA